AUACUAGUUGUACCUAACACACUUGUUUUCAUAAUGCUGUAAACUACCAUAACACAGAAAACAUAAAACAACAAAAUAAUCUUCAAGAUAGACCCUUAUCGCCCAAGGCAUUGAUUUAACUUUUCAUUUUCAUUCUAUCUUCAAUAUUGUAGCAAUAGUAGGAAGAAGAGAGUGAAAAUGUACAAGACACAGCUGCAAGAGUUAUGCCAACAGAGAAGGUGGAGUUUGCCAAAAUACUCUGCCAUGAAUGAAGGUCUUCAACACAUGCCAAGCUUUAAGGCUUCUGUUCUUGUCAACAAUGUCACUUUUACUUCUUCUCAUACUUUCCAUACCUCCAAAGAAGCACAAAACCAAGCUGCUAUGACUGCUUUUAUCAACUUAUCUACUCCUUCAUCAGGCUCUUCAACACCAAGAGAUGAACACGGUUCAAAAGAGGAAGUUGGAGCUGCCAAACCUCAAGAGAUACCUGUUAUAAUGACUGAGACGGCUUGUUUGACGAGCAAACCUCAGUUGCAAAACUAUGCUCGAAAAAACAAUCUCGAUCAACCUGUUUUUACAAUUAAAACUGAGGGGCUACCUCAUAUCAUUCGCUAUAAGGCUACUGUUGUUAUUGGUGGGGCGUCAUUCGACAGCCCAACAUUUUUCAACACAAGAAAAGAGGCAGAACAUGCUGCUGCCAAAGUUGCUUUGAAGGAGUUGCCAAUUUCCGCUGACUUGUUUCAGAAGGAUGAUUCUUGUCCAGCCAAGAGUUUACUGCUUGAGUUAACACAGACAGAAGGUUUUUCAAAACCAAUAUAUAAAACGACUGAGUCUCGUUCGUCGAAUAUGCCAACUUUUUUCUCAACUGUGGAAGUAGAGGGUGUUGAAUUUCAUGGAAAGGCAUCUAGAUCCAAAAAGCAAGCAGAACAUGAUGCUGCCAAGAUUGCUUACAUCGCCUUAAAAGAGUGUGGACUUUAUAUGUAUGCUUCUUUUUCUUCCUCUACCAAAGAAAACAUGGCACUACAAUCAACCCGUAAAUCAGACAUCGCUAAAUCCAAACAGAUCCUCAACUCGGACCUCGACUCGGACGAUGAUCUUUUGGAUUGGGAGAUAUUAAACACUGAUAUCAAAGUUAACAAUGGCAAACGUAAUGGAUCUUUUCCACUGCCUCCUAACAAAAAAAUAAAGAUAAGCAACAUGUGCCCGUCAUCUUCAUUACUUGGUAACAGGUUCAAGGUGUACACUAGUUUUCCAAAUAUCAUAUUUCCCGAGGGGAUUACAAUUGUGCCUAUUGGUGAAGAUAAAUGGAUUGCAGCAAGCCUGGAAUGUCCAAAUGACAAAGACGUUUGAUUCUGGUUAAAAAGUUUCAUGUAUGAUUUUGGUUUCAAGUAGUAGUAGACAUGAUAUUGAAUCUAUGUUGUUAUUUGGGUUCAAGUUAAACUCUAUAAGACUUAUU